AUGAUCAACCAGACGAUCACGAUCGUCAACAAGUCGGGGAAGAUCGUGAGCACCUCGAAACACCUCGUCAACGUCUUCAACGAGGCUAAGAGCGCUUACAAUGAGCGGAAGGCGGAGCUUAAGGCUCAGAGGAAGAACGAGGCGGAGGCCAGGGAGGGCGAGCGUAAAGCACGGAAACUGAUGGAGCGGUUAGCUGUCGAUGACGACGAGCUGGAGAGGAGAUCACAAGCUUCGCGACGAAGCUCAAGAAGAGGAAGUGAAGACGGGCGUUCGAUGGUACGAAGAAAGCCGGUGCCAUCGCAGGCUAAACGUUCUCGUCCGCCUAUGAAGCGUGGGUUGUCAGAUACAUUCUACGCGGAUGAUGCUCUACCGAGACGCGCAUCCCAUGCACCGAGACCAUCACCGCUGCGAUACGGCUCUUUCGCGUCACAAGCCGACGAUCCGCGCGUCGGAGAGCUGACCAGACGCAACACCGACGGCAUGAUGAAGCCCAAACGCAGAUCCAGCGCCGAUAGCAUCGACAUGGAUCUCGCCUACGGUGAGCUCCCUCCUGCAGGGCCGGAGUCCAAACACGAAGACGAGGUCGAACUCCGUGACAAGAUGAACUACCUUCAACUCCUGCUUGACGAAGGGAACUGCGUCCAACACUCCGUCACAGCCAUGAUCGACAAUCUGCAGAAGAAUCCCGAUGCACUUGCUGCUGUUGCCCUCACACUGGCCGAGGUUUCCAACAUCGCUGCGAAGAUGGCUCCUGGUGCCCUUGCGGCGAUGAAGACUUCUUUCCCGGCUAUCGUGGCGUUGUUGGCUAGUCCACAAUUCAUGAUUGCUGCCGGAGUGGGCGUUGGCGUCACCAUCAUUGCUCUGGGAGGCUACAAGAUCAUCAAGAAGAUCCAAGCCCGCAACGAAAGCCGCGAAGGACUGAUCGAGCAAGGCGUCGGACCUGCAGAAAUCGAACAGGAACGUGCGGACAGUCCGCUUGACGAGGACAACACGCUCCGCGAAAUCUCGAAAAUUGAACAAUGGCGGCGUGGUAUUGCGGAUGAGCAGGCUAACAGCAUGGGCACGAGCAUCGAUGGAGAGUUCAUCACACCGGUUGCUACGCGGGCUCUCAUCGAGGACGGCAGGCUCACGGAAGCCGACCUCAAACCUCUGGAUACGGCAACGGUCAAGAGCUCGAGGUCGCAUCGGAAGAGUAGGAGUAAGAGUACGAAGGCGAAGAGUGAAGUGAGCAGUAGCAGCAGCAGGGUCAAGAAUGGGAAGAGCAAAAAGGCGCCCUCUGUCUUGAGGAGUCUGUUCAAGGGGAGGAGCGCCAGUAAGAAGGAGAGGGAGCUGGAAUUCGCUUGA